CCUCCCCCGUCCCCUCGUCCUCCCCCACCAUCCCCCCCUCCCCCGUCCCCUCGUCCUCCCCACCAUCCCUCCCUCCCCCGUCCCCUCGUCCUCCCCACCAUCCCUCCCUCCCCCGUCCCCUCGUCCUCCCCACCAUCCCUCCCUCCCCCGUCCCCUCGUCCUCCCCACCAUCCCCCCCCUCCCCCGUCCCCUCGUCCUCCCCCCCCACCAUCCCCCACUCCCCCGUCCCCUCGUCCUCCCCACCAUCCCCCCCCUCCCCCGUCCCCUCGUCCUCCCCACCAUCCCCCACUCCCCCGUCCCCCGUCCUCCCCACCAUCCCCCACUCCCUCGUCCCCUUGUCCUCCCCACCAAUCCCCAAUUCCCCGUUCCCUCGUCCUUCCCACCAUCCCCCACUCCCCCGUCCCCUCGUUCUCCCCACCAUCCCUCCCUCCCCCGUCCCCCUCGUCCUCCCCACCAUCCCUCCCUCCCCCGUCCCCUUGUCCUCCCCACCAUCCCUCCCUCCCCCGUCCCCUCGUCCUCCCCACCAUCCCCCCUCCCCCGUCCCCUCGUCCUCCCCCCCCACCAUCCCCCACUCCCUCGUCCCCUCGUCCUCCCCACCAUCCCCCCUCCCCCGUCCCCUCGUCCUCCCCACCAUCCCCCACUCCCCCGUCCCCCUCGUCCUCCCCACCAUCCCCCACUCCCCCGUCCCCUCGUCCUCCCCACCAUCCCCCACCCUCCCCACCAUCCCCCCCUCCCCCGUCCCCUCGUCCUCCCCCCCCACCAUCCCCCACUCCCCCGUCCCCUCGUCCUCCCCACCAUCCCCCACUCCCCCGUCCCCUCGUCCUCCCCACCAUCCCCCACUCCCUCGUCCCCUCGUCCUCCCCACCAUCCCCCCCUCCCCCGUCCCCUCGUCCUCCCCCCCCACCAUCCCCCCCUCCCCCGUCCCCUCGU